AUGUUUUCUCACUGGAACGCGCAGCGUUCAUUUCGAAUGAAAUCGACGGUGUCGAGGAAACGAAGAAGAAAAAUAACGUUCUCACUAUGGCGGAGGCAGCUGGAUAGAAGAGGAGAGAAAAGGGGGAGAAAUGGGAUAGCGUAGGGUAGCUUGCACCCCUAUAAAACCAGCCACCGAGUUCCGUAUCGACAUCACAAACCGCCGACAACGUUCCGUGAUAACACCCAAACGAAACGAUGAUCGGUUCCGCCACGUUUCCGCCUUUCAACCGUCUUAUGACCACCGCAGCCUGCGUACUGCUCUGCGUUGUCUACCUGGCGUCCUGCGUUUCCGGAGAAUACGAGGGUAGAGAUUCCUCGAGCAGCAUGAGCAAUGACAGAACACCUAGCAACGAAUUCGGCUCGUGCACCGACGGCAAAUGCAUCAAACGUACUUCACAGGAUAUCACCAGCGGUAUGUGGUUCGGUCCGCGAUUGGGACGGCGACGCAGGGCAGAUAGGAAACUAGAAAUGAAUUCUGACAUUGAAACUCUUGCCAAUGCACUCGAUGGAUCACGUUGGACCGUCAUCACGAUUCCAGGAUCAGAUAAACGUCAGGUAACGCAGUUCACACCCCGUUUAGGAAGAGAAUCGGGCGAGGAUUACUUUUCAUAUGGGUUUCCAAGAGAUCAGGAGGAGUUGUACGCAGAGGAACAAAUCUUUCCACCUUUGUUUGCACCACGUUUAGGACGUAAAGUACCCUGGACACCAUCUCCAAGGCUUGGACGACAAUUGCAUAAUAUCGUUGAUAAAGCUAGGCAGAAUUUUGAUGACACACGCUUUUAAGACUGGUUCGACUUACUGGAUGAUUAAUAGCUAAUGACAUAGUGUAAUUAAGACCAUAUUUAAGAAAAUAAAAGACUUGUAUUUAUUUGUA